UGUCGGGAGAGUGGUGGUAUUUUAUUCCGCGUCGUCACUCGCAUGCAGUGUAAGUUAAAGUUGAGGCGGCAUGAAGUUUCAGUUCAUGCAUCGGUCUGCGCAGCUUCAGAUCUCUCUAGAUCUUUCCAUUUCAUCUGCUCACGGCUCUCUUUAUGUUUCUCAUCCUCUCUUGGUCGGGACUUCAAAUCCCUCUUAGCGAAUAUUUGCAAAAAUCAAGACGGUUUUGCGAUGGGAUCUCUGUUCUGGGAGUCUGAGAGAAAGCAAACACGUUCUCACAGAGCAGCUGAGCAGUUCCUUUUCUAGUUGUAUUUUGAUUUUUUUGCCGUUGCGACAUAAAUUAUUUAAUCUUUAAUUUUUGCUUUUCUAUAUGGAGGUCUGACGGGGCGAAAAUAUUGAACAUGUCUGACAAAAUCUGAAUUCACGCGCCUGUUUUUGGAUUAUCUGUUUCCCAGGAUACAGAACACUGAAUCGACCGCGCUUCAACUAGAGACUUUAUUUCCCAUUUACCGGACUUAAAGACUGCUAAAGGGCUUUGGAAAUGAGCGGUCCGUUUUCAAAAUGUCCUUUUUAAGAAUCACUCGUGGCGAGAGACGUUUUCUCAGAGGACGGGAGGGUUUGUAACGCUGAAUUUAUCGCCGAUUUCACGACACGCGUUUCCAUGGCUCCGGCGGUCAGAUCGAUUAAGCGUAAGGAUGCGAUUAACUGGCCGAGGAUGUCGACAACUUUCUGGGCUGUGCUGCUGUUGACGGCGCUUCUGAUCGUGUACUGCGGUCAACUUGCAGCAGGAACCUGUGAGAUUGUCACUUUAGACAAAGACAGCAGUCAGCCACGCAGGACGAUUGCCAGACAGACAGCUCGCUGUGCAUGUAAGAAAGGACAGAUUGCUGGGACAACGAAUGCCAGGCCAGCCUGUGUGGACGCUCGUAUCGUAAAGACCAAGCAGUGGUGUGACAUGGUGCCCUGUCUAGAGGAUGAAGAGUGUGACCUGUUAGUAAAUAAAUCUGGCUGGACUUGUACACAGCCAAGUGGCAGAGUGAAAACUACAACGGGUGUUAUCUGAUCAGCCAGGUGACCAGGUGUCCUAACAGUGGGAGGGGUUCCUGGAGCGCUACAAGACAAGGCCUCUUGCAGAUUUGCCCACCUGCUGUAGAUACUUGCUAUGUCUCAUCGGCUUGACACCUGCCUCUGCCUACCAGUCUGCGUCUCAGCUUUGUAAAUGGGCAGUACCCCCUUGUGCCACGGAGAGCAAACUAGAUGUUCACAAAGCGCCUCGUGGACAGCAGCAGCAUUGAGGAAUUUAUGAGCGACUUUGAGGCACCUACCCUGUUUGAGACUGAACCAAACAUAGGCUUUUGGGACUCCACCAGCGGUUCUGACCUAGACUGUGAACCAAACCGCUUUUUGAACUGCUUUCUGCUGAAGUACAUUUUUGCCACUCAUUUUUACAGACCAAAGAGGAAAAAAUAAUGAUAUAAUGCAGAAAAAAAAUCCAUUAGCACGGAUCGAGAGACAGACUUGAAAAGAUUAAGUUGGUGAAAAAAAAAAAAAAUAUAUAUAUAUAUAUAUAUAUAUAUAUAAACAUAAAUGUAGAGAGAGGUAGAUAUAGAUCUAUAAAGACUUUGCUAGACAGCGGCGGUCUACAAGCGAAAAUGCUGACAUGGAACACUGAAACGACUGGGUUGACCAUUCCCAUUGAUCACAAUCUGAUGAGAACCUUUAAUAUUUUGCAGAUUCCUUGAACUGAACUACCCACUGUAUUUCAAGGAGAGCAAGGAUAUAGAUACUGUACACAAUCACAUCAACAAAUUUGUUUAGCAUUUUUCAGUAGCAACAUUUUGGACAGUUUGCAUUAAGCAUGGAAGGUUAAAUGGAACCGUACCCCAUUGUUUAUCGUCAGAAGAUAUUAAACAAGAACAUGAAAACUGUCAUUUCUGAUUACCAGGAGUGAGAUACUGUAUGUCAUUAUAUGUAUUUUCAAAGGCCUACGAGUUAUAUAUUUAACAGUUUUAUAUGUUGUAUCUUUGUAGAGAACCUUAUUUAACAUGAAUAACAUUGUUAAACUGACAGAUCUAGAAUGUGGGUAAUGCUUUGCAGGCAUAUCUUAUUUUUUAUGUUCCAAUUAAAGUAGCAACUAUUGGCGCAUUUAGAAACAUGACCACACACAGUCAGAAACAAGACCACGAGAAGUUAAAGUUAAAAGGGAAAACACGGACAAAACACAAAGGGAAGAAAUCCUGAAACAGAGUCAUGGAGACUGCUUUUAGCUUUUGUAUCGUGAAGGUUCAGAGAAAAAGCCUUGUAGUUGGGUUUUCGGGAUUGAUUUUUGUGCUUGUGUUUGUUUGCACAGUGCUCACCUCGAAGUCUUGACACCUCCAGAUACAGUUCAGAGAGUCUUAGAGUCAUUUACAUUAAAUGCUUUUUUUAUUAUGAAAUGUUUUAAGAAUAAAUUAAAUAAGUGACAAUAUCAAGUUGCUAAACAAAAUUUUAACAUUA